AUGAAGUCAGUUGGCAACAGAAUCAUGGGCAUCAUGCUCAAGGCACUAGGGGCGAAUGAGGAAUAUGAAGAAAAUAUGUUGAAGGAUCAUCUUUUCUCAUCUGAAGGUGCAUUGCAGCUAAACUCUUACCCGAGCUGCCCAAACCCUAAUCGAGCCGUGGGGUUGGGCCCCCACACGGACUCCAUGCUUCUCACGAUCCUCCACCAAAAUGACACAAAUGGCCUCCAAAUUUUGAAAGAGGGAGCAGAGUGGAUCAAGGUGGAGCCCGUCUUGGGGGCAAUGGUCGUCAACAUUGGCGAUCUAAUGCACAUUAUGUCCAAUGCACGCUUUCGACCGGUGUACCAUCGUGUCGUCCCAAGUCACAUGAGGCAUAGGUUCACCUUUGCAUAUUUUUAUGGGCCUUCGCCUGAUUAUGUUGUUGCGCCAUUGGCUAAUGUGGUUUUGGAUGCGCCGCGUUUUAGGCCGAUGAUGGUCAAGGAGUAUAUUCGUCUCAAGUACCACCAUUUUGACAAGGCUCUUGAUUUUGUUAGGCUUUGA